AUGGGCGAUGAGUUCAUCACAGGUGGCGCACGGUACUGGAUUGAAGCAACAGCCCCUCACGGUGGAACCGAACCCGUCAUAUUCGUCAAUUGCACCCAGUACGGCGCCUUGCAGAACGACGCGGAAUAUUCCUUCGGCGGCGUCCCUGCCCAGAACCCAUAUCAGAGCGCGCACGUCUAUCGCCAUGUGAAUGGGAAUUUCCAACAGGUCACUCUGACCGCCAAGAAUAAUCCAGGUGUUAUACUAGGAGUGUAUAAUUACGGCGGUGCAAAUGUGACCUUUACCAAUCGAUCUAUUACUUGGACUGGGCCCGUUCUCGUCAACGGAGUUAAUGUUCUCUCUGCAACAGACUCUGGUCCGGCACUUGAUCCGACCAACACUGACGAGGUCAUUAAAGACGAGAAUGCAGUUACGGGCGGUGUGGUGGUUAAAUUCAUGUACAAGCCUAAAGAAGAUGAGGAGGAGUCUAACUAG